AUGGCUCCUGGUCGGUGUCACCGCACUCACACCUCGACUUCACCUUGCAUACCAUUCGCCUGCCAGAGCGUUUCGCAAACCUGCAGCAUCCCGCCCGUCACGCAUCGACCUUCCAUAGGGCAGAACCUGUAUCACAAUACAGUGUCAACGACGUCCAUGUGUGCGCCGCCUCCUCCGGCAAAGCCCAUACAGACCGUUAUAAGCCGUUUGGUACCCCAGGCCACCGUCCAACAAGUUCAGGUGAUGCCAUCGGUCCAUUGUCAACGCGUCUAUGGAGUCAAAGUCUCCACCGGAGCGAGCUUGGUUCUCGUCGUUCCCCCGCCGCCUAUGGUAAAGCUGCUGCGAUCCGAACGAGCCUCCGUCGUCUCGGAGGCUGCCGUAUUAAGAUGGCUUGCUGGCAAAACUGUCGAGACGCCUCUUCUCCAUGAGAAAGUUACGGAAACAGAAGGCUCGCCUUGGUCAACCUCUCCCAUUGCCACUUACGAGAGUGGGACCACGAAUUGUUCUGAUGUCGCGGUACAAGAACUGCGGGCUUUAGUUCCAACCCUCAUAUCACAUACGGCCGCCACGAACGAGCUGGGCCUCGAAUACAAUCUCGUCAAGCCAACACUAGGCACCCCCAUCUCCGAACUCAGUCCACCACUCUCAUCGGCCGAACGGAGAACAGUUGAUUUUCAAACUGAGGCAGUGCUUCGUGACGGGGAGGAUAUGCAAGUAAUGUUGGGUUACAGUGCCAUUCGACGGCAGUUCAAGCGUUUCGAGCAUGUGCUGGAUGGAAUCAAAACACCCCGGCUGGUGGCUGUUGACGUCGGCAAAGAUGUCAACACCCUUGUGUUCAGAAAACGAGGCUCCGGAGACGACGCAUCUCUGGUCGAGUGCAGACCGCAGGGAAGAUUUCAACACACAGACCGCCGCGGUAGUGACGCAAGUAGUGAGGUUGGCGAUGAGUAUGAUAACGGCUCGGAUUCCGGAGACGACAACGCGUCACUGACUCUCCAACACGACGAUGGCAUCGUCAUGGCUGGCAUGAAGGAUUGGAGCAACUUCGUCUUUGGAGAUCCACUUUUUGCUCUCAAUAUCGGUCGUGAGCCUAGUGGUGAUUUUCUUGCGGGAUUCAACUGGUCCUCAAACACUCGACACACCAUCAUCUCAAUGUUUUCCUCGGAUCUGAUUGAGGACAAGGAGAGAGCUCACGUCCGCCUGCUGCUGUACGACUGCUACCAUACAAUCACGCACAUUGCGAGAACAUACUUCCGCCCGCAAAAGGACAUCAGCGGACGCGAGCUGGAGGCACGAAAGAGGUUGAACACUAUCCUGUCGCAGCUUGAUGCUCUUGAUGACGCCGGCACACGGAGGGGAAGAAGACCAAGUGGCGAAUCAAGCCCGGCCAAGAAACGGUCGAAGAGCGGGGAAUCGUCCGACUAG